AUGAAAACAUGGUUAGAUAAUAAAUCAAGGUCUCAUAAUGAAUUCAUAGAACUGCUUUCUUCAGAAACUUCUAAUCGAGUAAUUGAGGAGGUAAAAAAUGAGGAAAUGUAUUCAGUUCUGGCAGACACGACUUCCGAUAUUACCCACCAAUAUAGAUUGGCAAUAUGUGUAAGAUAUGUUAAUAAUAAUGGAAAUAUCAAAGAGAGACUUCUUGGAAUAAAUGAAUAUACGGAUAAAACUGGAUUCGGGAUUGGAAAGAAUGUUUAUGAUACCUUAGUAAGAAAUGAAUUAAAUCCAGACUUCAUCGCUUUUCAGUCUUUUGAUUUUGCCUCAAAGAAGCUGGAAGCAAAGGAAUUGAAUAUAAUUGAUGCAAGUAAUUUAAUAGAGGGUACAAUUACAUCGCUUGAAAAUAUAAACAAAGAUUAUGAUGGACUGGACACUAUAGUAGAUGCAACUCUAAUAUUUUCAAGCAAAAUAGAUAUCGAUCCAAUAGCAGAUUUUAAGAAACAUCAUCAUAAACGGUCUAUACCAAAAAGAAUAGAUUCUAAUCCAAUGACUCAAUUAGACUUCUCAUUAAAAUUAUUUUAUCGAAACGAAUUUUAA